AAUGGGAUAACCCAUAAAAGAGAAAAGUAGUUAUUUAACGUCAGUGACGGCAAAUAGGUCCAGCUAGGAAAGACUUACCAGAGUGAGGAUUGCAGACGGGGCUCUUCCGGUCAUUUUGAGCCGGACCGUAAAGUGCGCUCGCCUGUAGCUCACGUUACGGUGGCUGACUGCUGCGGCUUCGCUGAUCGCCGAUGAUAAAGAUGAAGAGGACGCAUCCGUCCUGAUCCUCUCCGAGACUGGACUGCUAAGGACUUCUCCUUCGGAUCUUUAGAAACCGGGAGGAAAAAAAAAAACGAGAUUCAUGAUUCUCCACUGUGAAAAUUAAGUGAACAUCCAGCGUCCCUGCAGUGUACAGUCCUGGCACGAUGGUGGGCUCCAUCAGCUUUUCUUGGCCUGCUCCCGUUGCAGUGUUAGGAAGACGGAGCUGCUUUAUUCUGCAUCUGACUUUACUGUUACCAGCAAUGAGAGCCAGUGGGCAGUUAAUUCGAAGCCCCCUGGAUUGUCAGAAGACUUGUUUGUGCACCAGCAACAUCAUCAGCUGCUCCAUGAAGACUCUAACAAAUGUUCCCAACCUGCUUCCAAAAAAUACAGCCGUUCUGGACCUCAGCUUCAACUCCAUCACCAGACUGCAUGCUGAGUGGACCAGCAUCAGUCUCAACAGACUGCAAAGCCUGCUACUCAGCAAUAACAACCUCACGUUCCUCUCUUCUGAGGCAUUCGUGAAUGUGAGAAAGCUUCGCUACCUGGACCUCUCCUCUAAUGGCCUCCGCCUGCUGGAGGAAUACAUCUUUGAGCCACUGGAGCAACUGGAGGUGCUGCUGCUUUAUAACAACCACAUCUCUGAAAUAGAUCGCUCUGCCUUCUCUGGUCUCAGCUGCCUGCAGAGGCUCUAUCUGAGCCACAACCAGAUCACACGCAUCCCCUUAGAGCUGGUGAAGGAGCGAGGCAGGCUGGAAAGCCUUAGACUACUAGAUGUUUCUUCCAACCGAAUUAAAACUCUGCCCCUGGAUGAGAUUCGGGUCCUGCCUGCCAGGAUUAAGAAUGGUGUGUACUUUCACAACAACCCUCUGACCUGCAGCUGUGAGUUGUAUGAACUGGUGGCACACUGGGAACUCAGAGAGCUCAGCCCUUCCACUGACUUCAAGAGCAGCCACACAUGUAUGAUACCAGGCCAGCAGAAGGAAAAAAUGGCCAUACUGGAUCUGACCAGGAAGUAUCUGAACUGCAGCGAGGUCAAAUUUUUUAAAAAAGAAGCCUAUCUGGACCAGUUCCUGGUACUGGACUGUGACACCAGACAGGAGAAGAUGGUGACGAGAUGGGCGCUGCCAGGAAACAUGACACAGGCUCCAGAAAACCACACCAGCACCCUUCGGAUUGGGCCCCUGAAGUUAGAAGAUUCAGGGGUCUACACCUGCUAUGCUACAAGUGAUUCGUUCAAUGAGACACUGCAUGUAACUGUGGUGGUGUUUAAUGCCACCAUGAACAGUGGUCUGGAGAAUCUUAAAACAGCCUAUACCACCCUUGUAGCAUGUCUGGUCAGUCUCAUUAUGGUGCUCAUCUAUCUCUUUCUCACACCCUGUCGCUGCGCUUGUUGUCCAGGUCAGAACAUGGACAAAAAUGACACCAAAGAGAGCCUCCACUCCUCAACUGUCAGUCUCUCUCAAGCACAUGAGGAGAGAGGGCAAGAGAGAGUAGGAAGUGGAGGUUUCCUCUACAGACACGCAGUCUUCCUGGAACCUAAAGAUCAGCUGGAGCAGAAUGGGAGGCUCAAUCCUAUAAGUGAGGAAGAUGAGGAGUGGCACGGGGGCAACAGGGGCAGAACGAGGUCUGAUGUCAGCUCUGUGUGCUCCAAUUCUCCUAUGGUGGUGUAAUGUCAGACAGU